CAGCCAGAAGCAAGAACUUGACAGAAGAUAGAGAUGAGCUUAAGAGGAAGCUGGAUGAUGUAGUUUUAAAGCAGGAUUCCUGGAGAGCAGAGAGGGACAAUUUGACAAGUAUGAACUCUGAGACAGAGGCCAGGUCCAGAACAAUCUCACUGGAAAGAGAUGAACUUAAGAAGAAGCUCAAUACCUUAGAAUCACAAUACCGCUCGGUGGCAGAAGAGAGAGACAGCAUAAAGUUAAAGUUAAACAUCACAGCUCAACCAGGAUGGACACUCUUCAGACACAGUGCGUACUACAUUUCAUCUACGAAGAAGACCUGGCAAGAAAGUAGAGCUUACUGUCAGUCAGUAGGUGCCGACCUGAUGAUAAUCAACAGCAAAGAAGAACAGGACUUUGUAAACAGUUUCAAGAUGUACAUGUGGAUCGGCCUGACUGACUCGGAAACAGAGGGAACAUGGAAAUGGGUGGAUGGGAGUCCAUUGACCACAAGCUACUGGUACACAAAUGAGCCAAAUGGUGGAACAGGAGAAAACUGUGUGGAAACAAAAAAUUUUGCCACGGAGAAAAGCUGGAAUGAUGGAACAUGUUCUUAUCAACAUAACUGGAUUUGUGAAAUGAGGUUUACUCUUUGA